AUUAAACCGAAUGUGAUUAGAACAUUAUUUAGUUAAUGUUUAAGUAGAGCUUCAUUAGCAUUCAGCUUGUAGGUUAGUUUUGUGACUUUGAGGGUUACACGAAUUACACAAUCAAAUGGCCGCCGCGAAAGCAAAGCCUCCGGCGAUCUACGUGCAACAGGCCUGCAAAUCUUACGGAAGUAAACGAAAACCGCUGGUGGUGUUGGACAAGUUGGACAUGGUGGUCCCACAGGGAGUCAUAUACGGGCUGCUCGGAUCAAGUGGCUGCGGAAAGACCACGCUAAUAAGCUGCCUAGUCGGUCUCCUUAAGCUGGAUUCGGGGACCGUUACCAUUCUGGAGGGACCUCCAACCGUACAGCAAGGUGUAGCCUACAUGCCACAGGAGAUAGCGCUGUACAGGGAGUUCUCGAUACGCGAGACGAUGAAGUACUUCGGAUGGAUCGCCGGCAUGCGUACCGACGAGAUUUCGCAGAGGCUCGACUUUCUUGCCGAUCUCCUGGUGAUACCCGAUCUGGAUGAGAAGCUGAAGAACUUGAGCGGGGGGCAGCAGAGGCGCGUGUCGUUCGCCGUCGCGCUUUUGCACGACGCCGAGCUGCUGGUGCUCGAUGAGCCGACGGUAGGUUUGGACCCCAUCUUGAGGGAAAUCAUCUGGAAUCACCUGGUGUACAUUACCAAGAGUCAGAGGGUGACCGUCGUGAUAACCACGCACUACAUCGAGGAGAUGCGCCAGGCUAACAUUAUUGGAUUGAUGCGAGAAGGCUACAUCGUCGCGGAGGAGUCGCCGGGUACCCUACUGGAAGGGUUGGAGGCGCGCACUCUCGAGGACGCUUUCCUGAAGCUAAGCCGUUUGCAGACCGACGCAAGCUGCUGGAGAACGCACGGGCUUUGCGACGUUUCCACACCGCGAUUUAGGUUUGGCAGCCCCAGGAAAAAACCCGACUUUCAUUCACGAAGAAGAAUUCACCACGUGUAUCAAAGCCACAAUCACCUCAAGGCCAUCUUGUGGAAGAACCUCCUGUGGAUGAUCCGAAACGUUCCUCUCAUGGCGAGUAUCGUGUUACUGCCAGCUCUAAUUAUAGCGCUCUUUUGCGUCAGCUACGGCCAUCGACCUUACGAUUUUGACAUAUCGGUCGUUAAUCACGAGACCAACCUGACCGAGUGCGGAAAUCUCCACUGCGACAGCGCGAUCUUGAGCUGCCAUUAUUUGACCUACUUGCAAACGAGGUCCGUCCGUCUGGUGUACCUUGAUUCGGAAGAGGAAGCCGGCGAGCUUCUACGCCACGGAAAGACCUACGCCUCCGUAAUAAUUAGCCGAAAUUACAGCGCGGCGCUUAAGUCACGAAUGGAGAACUUGGCCAGACCGAAGAUUUGGGACGUAAAUUACUCAACCAUCAGAAUUGUGAACGACGCCGCAGUGAGCGUCAUUCGAGAUUUUAUCAAAAAGUCGACGUAUGACUCACUGAAUGAGUUGUUGGGCGAUUAUUCCCUGUCCUGCCACGAAACCGGCAAGGCAUUUUCCGUACCGAUUUUGUGGAGGAAACCAAUUUACGGAACCACAAUCGAUGACUAUACCAACUUUUCCGGUCCGGGAAUAAUGCUCACGUUGAUCUUCACAUUUUCGGCGGCGAUGUCCGCCUGCUCACUGCUCAUUGAGCGCAACGAAGGAAUCUUGGAGCGGUCCCUGAUUAUGGGCGUGAAUGGUGUCGAAUUGCUCGUGUCGCACCUGGUCUGCGACGGCAUGGUCGUGGUCUGCCAGAUCCUGCUGCUGCUGGUCUGCGGGUUCGCCGUCUUCGGAUUGACGCUAACAGGAUCGGUUGUGCUGGUCUUCACGCUCAGCCUCCUCACUGGAAUUUGCGGUAUGAGUUUCGGUUUCGCGCUCUCUAGCAUUUUGGAGGACGAGACCGCGGCCGUUCACAUCGUCACGGGACUCUCAACGCCGCUGGUGCUGCUGUCGGGAAUUGUUUGGCCUAUUGAGGCGAUGCAUAGUGUCUUGCGCGUGUUUGCCUCGUUUUUUCCUCUGACGGUUGCUGCUCAAAGCAUGAUGAGCAUCCUUCAACGCGGCUGGGGUCUAGCCGAGCCCCAGGUUUAUUACGGGUUUGCGUAUAUGACUGUGCUGAGCUUACUGUUCCUUGCAAUUAGCAUCAUCUGCCUUAAGUUCAAAAAUAGUAUAUGA